CGCUGUCAUCGCUCAUUCCACCUCCACUCUUAUAGAAUCCCCCCGAUCGAACACCUCUCCAUCAACCUCCCCACUCUGAAUCCGCCUGAUCCAUCGACACCCCAUUCGCAACAGCCCCCCUCUUCGUCUUGAAUGUCUCCGCCCUGAGCAUGCCCAUUCUCUCUUCCCUCACUCCAGACUCCCUCUCCAGCACUAUACCCUCGGGCAUCUCUGUCCUCCGAACAACCAGCAUCCCCUCUCACCCCAACAUACAAUCGACAUGGCACCCGCAAUCUGGCCCCAGCAAUGUAGACCAACCCAGGAUUAAAGGAGCAACUCCUCGGCCGAUUGUGGCAUAUGCUGUAUCUGAACUUGGCGAUAACAAGGACACUGUCCGGGGAUCUGCCACGGUCGGUGUGCCCACUGCAGUGGCACGAUCCAUGCUUCUCCAGGGGCUUCAAUUCUGGUACAGGGUCCCCAUCAAGCUGUUCCGCCCAAUGCGUGUUGACUAUCUGGUCAUGGCUCGAGCAGUGACCAUGGGCCUGAUCCCGACACCCGCCCACCGACUCCCACUCGUCCAAACAAUCACACAUUCCAAACACGCCCAAUUCUUCCGCGCGACCUCGAUCGGGAUGCUCGCCCUCGCGAUCCGGACUCAGGGCGCCGGGUUCGUCUAUCGACAGGUGCUUCCACCGCUAAUCAUGAAUUCGUUCAUCGGAUCCGUGCUCUAUACGACCUAUAUCUUCACGUUACCGAUCUUCCAUCCCGCUUUUACGUAUCAGAAAUCGAGGACGUUCCCGCCACCACCGUUUCCGGCCGUCUUUAUGGCAGGGGCUCUCGCGGGCGCUGCUCAAUCGCUCAUCGCGGCACCGAUGGAUUCGUUGAAGAUUAAGUUUCAGGUCCAGGAUUUGGCCCAGGGAGGGAAGCAUAAGAGUAUGACCGGGUUCGCAAUCACAACGUUGAAGGAGUUAGGGCUCAAGACCGUCUACAGGGGGUUUGCGCUUACUCUUGUCAAGGACUCCUUGGCGUGUGGAUUGUUCUUUGGAGUGUUUGAAUGGGUAAAGCAGCAGGGCUACUACUACUUUAUCGACGAGCUCUAUGGGAUCCGCGAGGACAUGGAGGCCCUUAAUGCGAAGAUGGACCAGGACUAUGCGACAUUUGCUCAGCAGGAAUCCCAGGACACCGCCACCAUCACCAUUACCACCGAAUCAUCUACGCCCAUACCCGUUAUCCCCACAGAGAUCUCAACAACCCCAUCAAGACCAUACCUGUUGCUGGAGCCAACCUUUGUCCUUCUGGCGGGCGCUGCUGCCGCUGUUGCAUACCAAGCGGUUGACUACCCACUGGAGCAGGUCAAGAACAUCUUCUUUGCCAAAGAAACCGAGCUUCAGGUACAAGCAGACCGUCGUGGACCUGCGGCUCAGCACUCUCAGCACCUCAAUUCGUCCUCGAUGCGCUCGGGUACUUCGAUCUCCUCACAACUGUACCAGAUGACAUGGGAGGAGUGUCGGGCGCAGGCAGGUCUGGCAGGAGGAUGGCGUCGGUUCCUGUUUACGAAUUUUGCGACGACGGCAGUACGUGCAGUCCCGGCAGCGAGUGUGGGGUUCCUGGUGUUCGAGGUGAUGAAACGGAAGUUGGACGCGAGGAUGUAUGAGAACGAGGAUCGGGAGAUGGAGACGUACCUGGAUAGAAUGAUGACGGAGCGUGAGCAGGAAAGGCGGGCGGAGAGGAAGGCUGUGAUAGAGGCAGAGAGGCUGGAGGCCGAGCCGGCGUAUGAGGCGAUACGGGAGCGGGAGUAUGAGAAGCAGGAACUGGCAGCGCACUAAGAAACCCUAGAUUAAUUUCAUGCCUACAAAAACAGAUUAAAGGAGGAGGGGUGUGACUGGAUGCUGAGGCUGGUUUAAGACGGGUUGAAGAUGGUUGGUUGAGGGGUGUAUGCUUUGGCGCUAAUCACCAAUAGGAUGUGAUGCAUGCAUGGAAAUCAUGCAAGGGAGCUGCACAGGCAGUUCUGUGCGACCAUUCAUUGGACGCGCGUGCAAAAACGGC